GUCAUCCUGCUUUGCCGUGCUCUGCUCCGAUCUUCAGUACUUCUCCGCGUUUUAAUCUCAACGCAUCUCUUUCAAUUUUUUUGUUUUUUUUUUUCAUUAUUAUUAUUACAAAACAAUAGUAUUAUUAAUAUUCAGUUUGCAUCAAUUCUUGCCGGACGUAAACAAUUUAAAAGUCAAUUUUUAAUAAUAAAAAUACAGCAUCCAUGAUGAUUUUCCGGAAAGAAUUUUAUCAUUUAUUUAUUUAACAUUAGAUUAUUUAAUUUAAGAUAUAAAAAUAUAUAUGACAAGUAUAAAUUUAACUUAUCAUUUAUUAUCGUAAUAAUAAUGAUUAUAUUUUUAAUAUAAUUUGUGAGAUAAACACACGUGUAUGUUGAUUGGUUGUUGUUGUGCUAAACUGAAAUGUGAUCACUUGUGUUUUGUUUAAUUGUGCUAGUUAAAUUUUAUUAUUUAUUUAGUGUAUUAUUAUUUUAUUUGAUUAGUGAAUGUUUAUUUAACUUAAAAGUGAGAUAAAUAUUAUAAUUUAAAAUGUUUUGGUGGCUACUGUUAUUGUUGAUGAUGAUGAUGACGCAAAGUGGAUUAUCAACUCAUGGAGUUUGUGAACCAAUUAGAAUUGAAAUGUGUCAACGACUUGGUUAUAAUGUAACAACAAUGCCAAAUCUUGUUGGUCAUGAACUUCAAACUGAUGCUGAUUUUACACUCAAAACUUUUAAGCCACUUAUUGAAUAUGGAUGCAGUGGUGAAUUACCAUUAUUUUUGUGUUCAGUAUAUGUACCAAUGUGUACAGAAAAAGUACCAUCACCAAUUGGACCAUGUCGUGGUCUUUGUGAACAAGUACGUGAUCAAUGUUAUCCUGUUCUUGAAGGUUUUGGAUUUCCUUGGCCAGCUGCAUUAAAUUGUUCAAAAUUUCCACCAAAAAAUGAUCAUCAACACAUGUGCAUGGAGGGUCCAGGUAAACCAGGACCAAUGCAUUCAAAACCGAUUGGAGGAUGUACUGGUUAUGCUUAUUCAGAUAAAUAUAUAAUUAUUAAUCGUACUGGAAGAUGUGCACCAAUAUGUGAUGCAAAUAUAUUAUGGUCAACAAGUGAUAAGCAAACUACUGAAACAUGGAUGACUAUACUUGUUAUCAUAAGUCUUGUUUCAUGUGUUACUGCUGUCGUUAGAACAUUUAUGCCAGCAACAAGUCGAUCAAGUACUGGAGAAACAGCAAUAAAAUGGUUAACAAUUUGUCAUGUAAUUGUUGCUAUUGGUUAUUUAGUACGUGUUAUUGUUGGACGUACAAAUAUUGCAUGUUCACCAACAUCAACAUCAUUAAUGUCAAAAAUUUCACAAGAACAAAUUAUUCAUCAACAACAUCAUUUAACACAAGAUGGUCUGUCAAAUGCAUACUGUGCAAUUGUGUUUAUAUUUCACUAUUAUUUUGGCAGUGUUGCAAGUGCAUGGUGGGUCGUUGUUUGUGGAUGGUGUUAUCAAUCAAUUAAAAAAUCAAUUCGUAUUAGUGAUGGAAAAGGUACCAAAGAUGAUUUUGGUCCAGAAAAAGGUUGUUCAAAAUUAGGAGCAUUUGCUGCUUGGAUAUUACCAGGUGUUCAUACAUUGGCUGUAUUUAUAACACGUGAUGUUGAUGCUGAUGAAUUAACUGGUAGCUGUUUUGCUGGACAACAAAAAACUCGUUCACUAUUAUUUUUAGUAUUGAUACCACAAUUUUUAUAUAUAACAAUUGGACUAACAUUUUUAAUAUGUGGAUUAGCAACAAUGUUAUUUCGUCGUCCUCCAAUAAAAACAACAAUACAACCACAAAUUAAUCAAAUUCAUACAAAUCCAUUAGUACGACAACGUGAAUUACGUUCACCAAUUGAUAAUCAACGUCAACAAAAAUGGUUAUUACGUCAUGUUUGUGGUUUUGCAUUAACAUAUUUAAUUAUAAUGAUAUUAUUAUUAUGUAUAACAACAUAUGAAUGGUUAAAACGUGAUUCAUGGUUGGUAUCAUCAAAACCAACUGAUACUAAAUACGAGCGUUCACGUCCAUCAUUUUAUAUAUUUUUAUUUAAAUUAACAUUGACUCUGGGAAGUGGUGCAGUUGCAGCAUUAUGGAUAUUACUACCAAGUAUUACAAAUAUAUUAUGUAAAAUAUCACCAUACAAACAAUCACCACAAAAAUGUUAUCCACAACAAUGUAAUUUAUCUGUUACACAUUGUUAUACACCAACAUCAACGACAUCAUUACCACAUCAAAAUCAACAUUUGGGAUAUAUAUCACCAUCAUUUAAUUCACACUACUCACAUAAUCAUCAACGAUCAAUGAGUCUACCUCAUAGAAGUCAUAAAAAACCAAGAAAACACAGAAAAUAUCACAGUGGUAGCGAAACACAAGUCUAG